GAACCCAAGCAUAGUUAAAAGAGUCGGAUGUUCACCAUUGGCACAAUCGAUAACAGAGUUUUGACAACAUUUUGACUUCACGUUACGUGAUUUUGCAAUUGAAGAAAUUCGAUAAGCUUGUGUUUAAAGAAAGCAAGUCCAAAGGGCAUUCACCACCACUCACGUAAUCUUAUUCAGAUAUUCAUAAAUCGUAUUCACACUUUUUGAUGGCCAAUUCUGCUGAGACCAUGGACAAGUUUUGGAUCGAUUCUUUCAGUAACACGAGAAAGGAACUUAAAAGAAAUACCUUGCUUUUGAGCAUUAUUGCAUUUACAAUUACGUACCAGAUAAUUGCUUUGGAGUUCUUCGUUGAGGAGGAGGCAUAUACGGUUUGUAAUUCAACUGGUCGCUGUUUUCACACAGAGAUAUGGAUACCAAAUAACCACAGCGCUGAUUUGCCUACACGCACCACUUUCAAAGAGGUUGAUUUUGCAGACUCUGGGAAACUGUUACUUAGCCUUCAUUACCUCAGCAUGUUAAUUGGAGUGAUCAGCCUUGGAUUGCUGGCCGACAAGUUUGGCAGGCGUAAAAUUCUUUUCUCCUCAUUGGCGCUAGCAUUCUGUGCAAGCCUCAUUGGUAGUGUUUUUAUAAAAAAGAUAGCAGUAUUUGUGCCAUUCAUGAUGCUAUCUGGGUUUGCAUCCGGAAUGUCCCUGUUGAUUGUAUUCAUUCUGGUCGCUGAAUAUGUCAACCCUGGCCGGCGACCUUUGGUGCUAGCAGCAAUAUGGCUGUCAUCCACACUGUCUUGUAUAUCUUUUGCUGGCUUGGCGUACUUGGUUGACAGAAGAAGAGUACUCAUGUUGGGAGUGUCUCUGCCCCUUUUAGUGAUGGUGUUAUUUUACAAGAUAAUCCCAGAAUCCCCACGCUGGGUGUAUUUAAAGAUGACCACAGCACCCUCUGAAGAGUCCCCUCUUGAGUCUCAGAUGUUGUUGAGGCAUAUAGGUAGUCAAGACGAUAGAUGGGGUAAAAAAAAGGUGUGUUGGCCAGUGGGCGUGGCGAGUGAGGGGUACUGCUUUAAGUUCCUGAAGGAGAAACAAUCGAGGCGAAAUGCCCUGGUAUUAGCUCAUAGCUGGUUUUCAAUAGGAAUGCUGUAUCGUGCACUGAACACAUCAUCAAUUCAACUUCUUCACAAUUUCUACAUUAACUACUCCAUCCGUGAGCUCAUCAACCUGCCAUCAUUCCUUUGCUUCGUGCUCCUAGCCACAUGUGUUGGGCGACGCUUCACCACUCUCAUUAGCAUGGUUCUUAGUGGAGUUCUCUGUGUCAUAUUUGCUGCUGCUUCUGAUGGGUUUAUUUUCACAGCGUACGACACACUAACGAUCAUCAUACAACUGCUCGGACGUUUCUUUGUUGUCCUCUCAAUGACGUCAUUGGGUGUAUAUUCCAUCGAACUGUUUCCAACAUCUGCAAGGUGUAGUGCGCUCGGUCUGGUGACGUCAUUCAGUUUUCUUGGCGCCGCCAUAUCACCGCUAUUCAUGUCACUGCAGUCCCUGAAUCCCAUGGUUCCCUUGGCGAUGCUCGGCUCAGUCUCCCUCUUUGCCGGCGUGCUGAUACGAGUGAUGUUACCUGAGACAAAGGGGGCAAUGACAUCAGAGACACUCGAAGACACGGUCGUCGGAAGAAGGACAUUUAAUAAGCCAUGGAGCCCCAAGGUGCGAUGGGCGCGGACUGAGCGACGUGACGAAUCAGGGACAGAGGAGGAGGUGUGUCCGGGCCGGGGGACCGACCAACUGGACACCACAUCUUACAGCGACAGCAUAGAUGAGUACAAAGAUUUACGUAAAAGCUGGGAAGUGUCUUUUGAUCGCGCCUCGAGAACCUCGAAAUGGGAGUGGCUGUCCUAUGAAGAUGCAAAUCGAAGUUUGCCAUCACUUGAUAUUGAGCUGAGUUUGCAUGAUGAAUCACAUCUACUUGACGACGACGACCAUGAAAAGCUGUCUGAGUUCGUCCCUGGGAACGCCUGGAUUCUACUGUACAGCACGUUCACCCACGGAAUCAGCCUCAAGACUCUGUACUACCGACUGCAAGACGUGCAGACUCCUAUCAUGCUAGUGAUUAAAGAUAGCCAAGGAUAUGUGUUUGGUGUAUACAGUCCUGUUCCCCUAAGGGUCAAUCCUGGUUUCUAUGGCUACGGACGAUCGUUCUUUUUCACGUGUAAACCGGAGUACAAGGUGUACCCGUGUAGCGGGAAGAACGAGUACUACCUUAACUGCAACACAGACAGUCUGGCCUUCGGCUGCAGCGACGGUUUGUUUGGCCUGUGGCUAGACAGUGAGCUGUAUCGCGGGCGCAGCACAGCCUGUGAAACUUACAACAGUGACGUUUUGUCUGCGAAUGAGGAUUUCAUCUGUAUAGGUCUGGAGGUCUGGACAUUUGCAUAAUCGCCAAAUAGACGUGUCACGUGUUUCUAUACUUUGCGUUGGAAUCAUUGGUGGUGGCUAGUGUGAUAGUGGAACUAAAAUGCCAAACAUUAGUGUGAAGAGUCAACGCCCUUCAGCCCAUAGAAAGAUACGCCAAAGUAUGACAGUCAUUAAUAUC